AUGAGCUCAUCCUUUACAGACACUACCGUAGAUACCUCCAUUCCAGUUGUUGAUGAAUGGAUUAAAUCCUCAGAUGGUGUUGAAAUAUAUACUAGAACUUGGAAGGCAGUAUCCGAUAAACCUAUCGCUACAGUAGUAUUCGUUCAUGGUUUUGGUGAACAUAUUAAACGUUACAACCAUGUAUUCGAUAAAUUCGGAAAAGAAAAUAUCGAAGUUUAUGCUUAUGAUCAACGUGGUUUCGGUGAAACAGCAAUAAGAAAUAAAAAUCCUGGCAAGACUGGUGGUCGGAAUAUUGUUCUAGCUGAUAUCGCUGAAGCUUUAUCAUCACGACGAAAAGAGGGAAUCCCUCAAUUUUUGAUGGCGGGUCUUAUCUGUUCAUCUCCGUUGCUUCAAACUACACCUAAAGCUAAAUCUAUAACGGAUAAUAUUUCACUUUUUGCUCUUCCUAUCGCUAGUAAGCUAAUGCCAAAUGUAACUUGGAAUGCUGAUAUAAACACAAAUUACAUUUCCCGUGAUCCAGUCGAAGUUAAAAAAUACAUUGAAGAUCCUUUAAUCCAUAGCAUGGAUAUAAACAUUCCAAUUUAUAUUGCACACGGCGCUGAGGAUAUGAUUACUGAUCCAAAUGCUUCUAAACUAUUAAUUGAAAAGACAAAAUCUAGAGAUAAAACAUUUCAUGAAUGGGAUAGUCGUUAUCACGAAAUGCAUAAUGAUUACGGUAAUACAGAAGUUAUUAAGGGUUUCAUUCAAUGGAUUCUUAAACAUGUCAAAUCUUGA